UUGAUGCGUGCUGGCUUCCUAAUGAAAAAAGGGGGGAUUUACUUGUGUGUAAACACUGAUAAUUCCUUCACGAGUUCUAGUACUAAUGCCUUCAUGUUGAAAUGAACAUAGUGCGCUAAAAUAGUUUUCCAGCAAGUUUUAAUCUUAAAAAUUGUGUAAAUGAACAAUGAAGGACAUCGUAUUCUGAAAAUUGGCACUUCAAUGCAUAAAAAUCUCAUUUCGUAAAGAUGUUUUUAGACUUACCUUCCGUUUUUUCCGAGCAAGUGAUAUUUUCUGCAACUCUAGUCGCUGUUGUGCUACUUUUAUUAUACCAUCUAAGAAACAGAGGCUUGCCUCCGGGACCAAUAGGACUGCCAUAUUUUGGACUUCUGUUUUCCUUAAAAGACGAGAACAGCCAUCUUCAGUGUAAUGAGCUGAAAGCUAAGUAUGGAGAUAUCUUCAGCUUCACUGUAACAGGAAAACUUUACAUUAGUUUUGGAACAGUGAAGUUAAUAAGAGAAGCUCAUUUGUCCCAUUCUGACUGCUUCGAACGAACGAUGGAUUACACUAUGUUAUCGUACAUCUUCAAAGACGCUGUCGGUUUCGUAAAUGGCGAAAAAUGGAAAGCACAGAGAAAGUUUUUCACCCAAGCUUUUAGAGAAUACGGAAUGGUUACAUUCAGAGACAAUGCGGCAGGGCCGAUUUACGACCAGGUUCAGAAGGCAAUGGACGAGUUUCGAGCUUCAAAUGGGGAGCCUAUCAAAAUCGCACAACUUCUCACUGAUAAGUGCUGCACCGUUAUGCGGCAGAUGCUUUUUGGCGAAGAUGGAAUAUCGCAGGAAGAAUUGAUGGAGAUGAACAGAGCCUAUGAGACCAUAAUGAAAGGAAUGACAGUGACAAAACUCCUGAUUGCUGGCCCAGUAGCAAAAUAUGUGAUUUUCCCCUUGAUUCCCGAUUGCCGCAAUGCUAUAUCAAGUCAUCAUUAUAUGGCGAAACUACUGACAAAAACUGUUGAAAGACAUGAAAGAAAUUUCGAUGAAAAUAAUGUACGAGAUGUCAUCGACAGCUAUUUGAAAGAAAGAAAAGACAGGCAAAGAAAAAAUGAUUCUUCUGCCCAAUACUUCUCAAAUGAGGCAUUGGUGGCCUCUUUGGAACAAUUUGUCGGAGAUGGAAUUUUAUCAGUAGCCCUCUUUAUUGGAACUUUCUUGAUCAGUCUAGUCGAUCACCCAGAGGAACAAGAAAAAAUGUACGAGGAAAUAGCUGAAGUCGUUGGAACAGACAGGCUUCCUACCAUGGAUGACAAAAGCUAUUUGUCCUACACAAAUGCUUACAUUUAUGAAGUGGUGAGAACAUCCGAAUUUUUCACCAUGUUUCCCAGCUUGGAGUGCAUAAAAGAAACAACAAUCAAUGGUUACAGAAUACCCAAAGGAUCAAUAACGGUGAUGAAUCUCUGGUUGGCUCAUCACGAUCCCUUAGUCUAUGAAGAUCCAUACACGUUCGAUCCGUCAAGAUUCAUACCCAAACCUGGCAAACAGAGACCUGAAUUGCCCGUAAUGUUUGGUAUUGGCAAACGUUCUUGCGCCGGAGAGGCCUUCACAAUGAUGCAAGUGUUUUUGUUUCUGACUGCGACUGUCCAAAAUUUCAAAGUAUCUCUUCCAGAAGGAGGCAAAAUAUCGCCCUUCUUUGACCCUGAAAGCUUGAAAUUUGUGGUUCAACCAAGACAUCCAAAAUAUGAAUCUCUUGUAUCAUCACUGGUUCAAUUCGUUGGUGACGGUGCUCUAACUGUCUCUAUCUUCAUCGGAGGUUUCUUGCAAAGUCUUGUACAGAAUCCAGAAUGCCAAGAAAAAAUGUAUCAGGAGAUAGCUGAAGUGUUGGGCACAGAAAGACUUCCAAUUAUGGAUGACAAAAGCAGUCUUCCGUACGUUAAUGCUUUUUUGCAAGAAGUUAUUAGAUGCUCUGAAUUUUUUCCUAUGUUUCCCAGCUUACAAUGCACAAAGGAAACAACGGUCAUGGGAUAUAGAAUACCCAAAGGAGCCAUAACUAUUCUCAACUCCUGGUCUGCAAACCAUGAUCCACUAGUCUACGAUGAUCCAUAUAAAUUCGAUCCUUCAAGAUUUAUCACUCGCCCUGGGAAGCAAAGAUCGGAAACGCCAAUCAUUUUUGGAAUUGAACGUCACGGCGCUUCAACCGAAUGGGUCGUUAAAAGGUCAAGAUAUCACUUAUCGUUCUCGUCAUAUCGCAAUGAGAAGACAUCUAUAACGAACCAUUCAUUCUUCAAAAAGAAAAUGUUCCUUUCUCCUGAAACACUUAACUUCACACCAACUACCAUCGCUCUUGUCGCUGUUUUCCUUGUACUCAUCGCAACAUACUUCAUCCGGAGGGACAGGGGUUUACCGCCAGGGCCAACAGGACUACCGUACUUUGGAUACUGGUUCUUUCUCAAGAAGAAAGGCUCCCAUCUGCAAUUGCAAGAGUUGGGCAAAAAAUACGGAGAUAUUUUCUGCUUCAGAGUGACUGGUCAUUUGCUCAUUAAUCUAGGCAGCAUCAAAGCUUUGAAAGAGUUUCAAGUUCUUAAGUCUGAUUGUUUUGCUACAAGACCGAGUAGUUACGUUAUAACUGAGCAUGUGUUUGGAGGAGGCGUGGCUGCUGCGAGUGGGGAACAAUCCAAAAUAUUGCGACGGUUUUUACUGAACGCCUUCAAAGAAUGUGGUUUGAAUUCCAACGCGACAUACCAUGAGCGACUGAAUGGCAUCCUUGAAGACUUGGGAGCUUCUCAAGGAAACCCCGUGGACAUAUCAGCCAUCGUGAUAAAGAGGAGUGCUACUAUCAUGAGUAACGCGGUAUUUGGACAUCAAGGAUUUACUGAAGACGAAGUAAACGAGUUUAAUGAAGAUUAUGGCAAACUUGCAUUGGCAUUGGCAUCUAUCAAGCUUCUUCUUGGACAAAUUGCCAGAUAUACACUCCUUCCAUUCUAUUCUGGGUAUCACGAAUCGAAGUUGUACGCAGAAAAACUCUUUCGUUUUCUUCAACAAAAGAUAACGGAACACGAGUCGACGUACGAUAGCAACCACAUUCGAGAUCUCAUUGACGUAUACAUCAAAGAACGGAAUACCAGAGAACAGAAAGGGGACAGUACAUUCAAAUAUUUUACAGAUACAGUUCUGCGUCAGACUUUGUUGCAAAUCGUUGGAGAUGGUAUGCUUUCGGUUCCGGCAUUUGUCAACAUUUUCUUCAAAGCACUCCUUGAUUAUCCGGAAGAACAGGAUAAGAUGUAUGAAGAAAUUGCUGAAGUGAUUGGACCGGAUAGACUGCCAACUAUCGAGGACAGAACUUCAUUGCCUUACGUCAAUGCUUUCAUAUACGAGGUUAUGAGAAAAUCAGAUUUCAGUCCAAUGCUUCCAAGUGUUGAAUGCACAACCGAAACAACUAUUCGAGGAUAUAGAAUACCAAAAGGAGCUGUCACUUUGGCAAAUUAUUGGGCUGCUAACCAUGACCCAGGAACCUACGAUGAUCCUGAAACUUUUAACCCUUCCAGGUUUGUAGCAACGCCGGAGAAACCUAGAGCUGAGCUUCCCAUGUUAUUUGGAGUUGGCAAAAGAGCCUGCCUUGGAGAAAUAUAUACAAUGACACAGGCUUUCCUAAUCCUUACAUCUGUCGUACAGAAAUUUCAUCUCUCAAAACCAAGCACAGAAGAUGAUUCUAUUCCUGUAAAUCCCUGGCAGACAUAUGUGGUUGCUCAUCCAAGAAAAAACAACUAAAACAAUUACUAUCUACAUCACUUAUCAAGUUUAC